AUGAAUUCAGAAUUAGGAUCUUAUACAGAGCGUGCUCCACUAAAGACUUAACCUUCAAUCCCAAAACAACCUUAAAGACCUGCAUUCUUAAAAACAGUUAAUUUAAAGACUUUGCAAAAUCAUAAAAUAGUUUCUUUUCAAAAUAGAAUCUGGAGAGAUAAAGCAUUACUAGUAUUAAUAUAAGUACUUCGGUUUAUUUCUCUAAUUACUCGAAGUCCUUUUGCAUCUAAGUUUUCAUUGUUGGAUGGAAACAUGUUCAGAAUAAUAGGUGAUAAAGCAGCAGACUUCAAUUACUAUUUGUUACAUGAUUACUUUAAAUAUAUGGUAGUAUAAUUAAAUAAAUUAAGAAACCUUAACCAUCAUCUAGAUUAAAAUACUUUAUUUAAAAACAUCUUUACAAAUGCUGUUAUAUGAAGGGAUUAUUAGAUUCAAUUAUCAAUUUAAAGAUCAUUUUAGAACCAGAAUCUAUAUUUCUUAUUGUUUGGAAUUUAAUUCUACUCCUUAACAUAAAUCUUAACAUACUUUAUAUUACAGUGAGGUUUUCAUUUGAUUUUGAAAAUUAUCCACCUGAGAAAUUUUAAAUUUGCGAAGAAUUUCUAUUUAAAAUUCCAUUCUACCUCUAUUUAUUUGAUGUAAUAAUAAAAUUGAAUACAUGCUAUUAUGAAUUAGGAUAUCUUGUAAGAGAUCGAAAUAAAAUCAUGGCCAACUUCUAUAAAAACCGUAAUAUCCAAAUAAUUAUUAGAAUUAUUGAUUAAUCUUCUGAUUAUUGUACCAGCAAUUAUAUAUUUGAUUGGUCUAACUGAAUUGCCAUUAUAUUUAUUUUUGAUAAUGAAAGGUUUUUCUAUCCCAGAGAUUAUGGAAUCUAUUAUAGAUAGAAUGGAAUUAACUACUAAUUAUUGGGUAACAUAUGAUCUGUUUCGAUUGAUUUAUGUUAUUUUAUAUUAAUCUCAUAUAUGUUGUUGUGGAUUGUAUUAUGUAGGUUUAUUAGAUUAGGAAACUUCAUGGUUAAUAACUAAUAAUUUGAUAAAUGAAACUUGGAUUAUUAAAUAUGUAAAAGUUAUAAUUUAUAAAAUAGCUAAGCACAUAUUAUUGGAGUAUAGUUACUAUGACAACUAUAGGAUAUGGAGAUAUAACUCCUUAAAAUUUAAUAGAAAAAGUCUAUCUAAUUUUUGUUGCUAUAGUUUCAUGCUGUACUUUUGGAUAUUCAAUUAAUAGUAUUGGUUAAAUACUUGGAUAAUUAUAAUCAAAAAAUCAUUAAAUAAGAGUUGAUUUAAAUGAUCUUAAGUAAUUUCUAAGAGUAAGAGGUUAUAAUAAUAAAUUAUAAAUUAAAAUUUUGAGAUUUUUUGAAUUUUUAUGGAAAGAUUAAAGUAAUGAAAAUAAGUUAGAUCUUAAUAAAUUUAAUUAAUAACUACCAUCUCAUCUAUAUAAUGUAUUGCAAUCCAAUUGAUUUUCUAGGAAAUGAUGAUAGAUCUAAAUAUGAAAAGUAUCUCAAAAAUACCUUUUUUUAAAGAGAACUUCAAUGAAGACUUUAUUUCAGCAUUAGCCUCUAAGUUUGUAGAAGAAAAAUUAGUUCCAUAUAAUACAAUAUUUUAAAAAAAUGAUCCCAGCAAUUUUUUAUAUAUAUUAUGUGAUGGUGAAAUUGAAUAUUUUGUUGAGAUUCCAGAAGGAUCAGCCAAUAUAUUAAGUAUCCAAAUCAUUUCUGGAUAAGAUUAGAUAUUUGGAUAAUAAGAAUUUCUAUUGGAUUAAAAUUAUGAAAUUAAUUGUAGAUCAUUGACAUCUUCUAGGAUUUUAAAAAUAUCUAAAAAUGAUUUCUAAAACAUUGCAAAAAAAUAUGGCUAUGUAUAAAUCAUUUGAAUUAUAGGAAAAAUAUUGUUAACUAAAAGAUCUUGUCAAAUUUUCUGGUAGAUUUGAUGAAUUCCAUUUACAUUGUGUUGGAUGCAAUAAAUCAACUCAUAUGCUAUAUCAAUGUCCAAUGUUAACUGGUUUUCCAAAUAAAACAAAAAUUAUAAUUUAAUAUAGAAAAAAUUAAACUCAAGAAAGAAAAUAUUUUAGUAGAAAAAAUAUUAAUAGAAGAUUAUCAUCUUUAAUUUUUGAAGCUUAGAUAUCAGAUACUGUUUUGUAUUAUUUAAUGCAAGAUCCAAAAUUGUCUUAAUAAAUUAGUUCAAAGUACUUUAUCUCGUCACUAAAAUAAUAACAGCAUUAAAAAGAUCAAAUUAAAGAUAUUCAGAAGGAUUAUCCAAAUUUAUAAAUUGAUGGAACCAUGAAUAAUAAAAAAUUAUCCAUUUUGAAUAUCAAGGCUAGAAAAUAAUCAUCGUAUAUAAAAAGGUUACCUGGAUUUUUAAGUAAUUCUCUUUUAAAUUUUAAAUCUAUGCAAGAAGACAAAAUUAAAGCUGCUUUGGAAUCAAUUUCAAAAAAUGUUUCUGGUUGUGAAUCAGAAUAAUAAACUCCAUAACUUAAAGAAUUAAAAAAGUUUAAGACCAAUAUAGAUAAAAAUUAAGAUGAAAUUAAUCCAAUAGAACAUAAUAAAAUAACUUAGGAUGUAGCAAAAUCUCUUCUUUUUAAAUCAAUUAAUUAAUCUACAAAAUAAUUCCAAUAUAAUGUUCCACCUACAUUAAGUGAGAUGCAAAAUUCUUCAUUUUCUGAAGAUAGCUUAUCUUCUUCAUCAGAAUUGAAGGAAAUAAGUCCAGCAAUUGACUUUAUAAAUUAAUAAUAUAUGGGAACUUACAAAGAUAUUUAUGAAGAAUUUGAUAAAUGCUAGGAUUUUUAAAAUUACAUGACUCAUAUGAAUUCUCAUAAAAUUUUAGAAUAAUUAAAUCAAAAUAAAGAUUGUUAGAACUUCACAGAUUUCAUGAUAGUUAAUUUUGUUAAAAAACGUAGAUCCAAAAGAACAAAAUUAAUUAUUAAAAUAGAAGAUUGA